UAAAAGGCUGCACAGUGUGCGUUUCUGGUUUGGUACAGUACCUUCCAGCAGACACACACGCACACUGAGACAGUGGCUGGCACUGACAAGGCGAAAGAACACAAGAAUAAAAAACAAAGAAGGGAAACAAAAUCGAAAUAAAAGAUCCCUGAGUGUCGGUAUUGGAAACGACUCGCUUCUGUCUGGAAGUGAUCAAGACUGGCUCACUAUUACUUUCCGAUUCCAUAAAACCCAUUGCCAGAUCGUGCGUUUUUAAGUGAUAUGUUGUGUUCGAGGUGUCUUUUCCAGUUGUUGGUACCUCAUGACUGCCGCUGACAUCCAGUCCUGUCACCUUUUGCAGACGCUGUAAGAAAGAAAAAAAACGGUGUACCCUCUACACCCAUUCUGUAUACUGGAUCCUGAUAGUCUGUUCAGCCGAUUCGUGGUUCUUGCUGAAUCCAUCUGUUAGAACUGUAAGGUUUGUGAAUGAAGGUUGAAGUUAAUGACUUCCCCUAGCCUCAGCGACCUGAGCAAGAGUGAGAAGGCCGCCUUGGAUGAACGGGGGACGCAACACAGACGGGCCGGGGCCAACGCCACUUGGAACAGUAUCCACAAUGGAGUGAUUUCUGUGUUCCAGAAGAAGGGGCUACCAGAGAAUGAACUGUACACCCUCAACGAGGGUGUGAGACGGCUGUUGAAAACGGAAUUGGGAUCAUUUUUCUCGGAAUACCUACAAAACCAGUUACUUACAAAAGGAAUGGUCAUAUUAAGGGAUAAAAUCCGAUUCUAUGAAGGUCAGAAGUUGCUGGACUCCUUGGCCGACACAUGGGACUUCUUCUUCAGCGACGUCCUGCCGAUGCUUCAGGCCAUCUUCUAUCCUGUACAGGGGAAGGAGCCCUCAGUCAGACAGCUGGCUCUCCUGCACUUCAGGAACAUCAUCACACUCAACAUUAAACUGGAGGAUGCCAUUUCCCGCCCGCGGGCCAGAGUUCCUCCCUCCAUCAUUCAGAUGCUGCUGGUAUUACAGGGGGUACACGAGUCCAAGGGAGGGACGGAAGACUACUUGAAGCUUGAGGCCCUUAUCCAGAAGGUUGUCUCUCCGUACCUGGGAACCCACGGGCUCUUCUCUGACAACGGCCAAGUCACUCACUGCACCUGUGUUCUGGAGACGCGUUACCUCCGGCGCUGCACCAAGGCGGGCGAGGUGAUCGGGAAGAAUCCAGUGGUGCGCUCCAAGAGCUACAACAACCCCAUGCUGACCCCCGUGGUGGAGUAUGAGUGUGAAGUGGGCUCCGCCGGCAGCACGGGCAUCAGGAGGCACUCCGUCUCCGAAAUGACCUCCUGCCUCGGGUUGCAGGGCUACUCCAACCUCACCACCAUCAUGGACGCUGGCUCCAAAACCUCCAUGGCCAAAACCAACCAAUCUGGUGAGCAGGACCUGUCAGGAGGGGGAGGAGCUUCUACAACCUCCAAUCCAAUACUCUUCUUUGAGCAGGACCCCGGGGUGGACCAGCACGCUGCCUCCCUGAACCCCUUGCAUUCUUCCAGCCCCGAGACCACAGUGGACCAAAUCUUGGAGUCCAUAGACUCUGACUCAGAGGGCAUUUUUAUUGAUUUCAGCCACCGAUGCUCCAACUCUCCCGGGUACAGCAGGGAGACGAGCAGACAGAGCGUGGUGUAGGAACGCACAGAGAAGUGGAGCAGAGUUGUUCUGUGACAAUCAGCAAUGCAGAAGUCAAGAUUUGCCAGAUUGCCUGUCAGAAUAUCUCAAUUUGAUUGAUUUUGUUUUGUUUUGUUUUGUUUUCCUUUUCCUUCUGAAACAACUUUUUUUUUCCACCUAUUUCAUGCCUAAUAUAGACCUGUAUAAGAGCUAAGAUUGAUAAACAGGAAGAUUAAAAUGUAGGGAAGAGUAAAUGAGAGAUAGUAAGAGACCAGGUCACAUUAGGGACAUACGGGUAGAUCAUCUCCCAACUGAAACGGUCUGACAAAGAGUCUUUGCUGUGCAUUAACUGAGAAGUAUACUGUCCCAUUGAGACAUUGAGCAGAGCUGUUGAUUACUGUACUACCAAUGAAGCAUUGAAUUGAUUUUACAACACUUCCCCUAUCAGACUGUCUAUGGUACUGGCCGUGUCGAUUUGAGUUACUGAUUCCUUGCAAACCAACCCGUACCUGAAGAUCUGCCAACAGUGGUCAAUGAAUCUCCUCCUAGCAGCUGAUGAGUUAAUAAUACUGAGGCUCUCAAAAGUAUUCACCCCCUUGGACUU